CUCUUUGAAAUCCUGCAGAUUUAACACAUUCACCGACUCACUGAAGUGCUGAUAAGAUAUCAUUCCAUUAAUUCUUCUUGCUUAGACUGAGAUUUCGGUCCAAUGAAGUUUUCUUACCGCUUGGUGUUUGUGCUUGUUUCUGCUGCAAGCAUAUGGAAUAUCUCUGCGAAUUCCCGUCAUCAAUUAGGCGAAAAUGCAGUUGUGACAAAAGUUGUUUCGACUUCAAAGGUGCAGCGACAAGAUAUUGAUCAUCAUGAAGUGGUUAGUCCUCCUACUGCAACUAAGAAGGACAAGAGGAUAGGAGGAAGGAAAAUGGCAGCGGCGAGGUUAGAGAAGGACGUUAAAGUAGCGGUGGACGGCCCUAUAAGAGGAACUAGGAGCUCCAAGACCUUAAGCAGCAGCUCCGACCUUGAGGGAAAAUCUUCAUGCGGCAAUGUGGAAUGCAGAGAAAGUACUACUGCAAGUCGAUUUUCUGAGAAAAGUGUCGACCAUGAUCAGGAAUAUGCAGGAUUUGUUGCUUUUAGUCAGGAUUACCAUUCACCAAGGCACCACCCUCCUAAGAAUAACUGAUCCCAUGAACAUGAAUAAUGACUGGAGAGCCUCAUAUACUAAUUUCAAUAAUGUGCUAAUUAAUUAGCAUCUUUCUAAUUUUACUUUGCA